AUGUUUUUCGAUUUACUUCACACAUCUUCGUCUCUUCCGGUACUAGCCUCGACAUUCACACAUCUGGGCAUCCUCCGUCGUAUACAAUCGAAGCCCUUCCCCUAUUGCCGAAUAUCUCACCCACGAAGCAAGGCAUCUUCAGGCCGGCCCGAGGAGACGAGGCAUGCAGCCCCCAGCCUCCAGUCCUCUACAAGAUCAUCACCUCCAUCGUCAUCAUCAUCUACAACAGAACGCAACCCAUCUCAGAACUCAGGAGCAUCAACUAUGAAUUCAACUUCAUUGCGUUGGGAUAGACAAGCAAUACAAUUUUUUGUCAAUACUUGGGUGUUUGCAGUGGUUGUGCUUGUAUUGUUCCCAAUCAUAACUUCAAGUCUUUCUAAUAUGGCUCUCUAUAUGGGAAACCAAGGGCAUGGAAUUGCAACCAAGUUCACUUCAAAGAUGUUUUAGGAAAGUAGCAAAAGACUACAAGCCUAAUCCAAAAGACUCCCAAGCAGACACAAACAGGACUCAACAUCCACACAUGUUAAUAUCCCUUCAUCAACUCAAUAAAUUAAGCAAUUGUAGUCCGCUGCCAUGGACAGGGGCAAAAUCAUCCAACAAGCUCAGGUGAGUUAUGGGAGGUUGUUGUUGCUCCAGGACCACAAGUUGAAGGUGCACCUACAACCGUGUGGGAACAAGACAAGAUUGUUCUGAUGUGUUUAACUUUAAUUUUUGUCUUGUUUAAAACAAAUUAUGCUAAGAGUAGUUUUAUGAUAUGAGUAUUUUUAAUAUUUUGGAAUGUUUAAAAUUUUUGAUGGUUUUGUUAUGAUAGAAUUAAUUU